AUGGGAAACACACCGUCAAAGAAACGAAAAGAACGUCCAAGCAUAAUCCGUGCAGACGUACCUGACAAUGAAUAUUCGAAUUCAACCGCGGCUUCCAUUUCAUCCAUUCUCGUCAACAGUUCAUUACAAAAGCAACUACAGCAACAAUCCGUGUCUUCAACACAAGACUUGAAUCAGCUCACGUUUACGUCACAGAACCAACUCACUGCCACGUCGAUUCGAUCGAUUGGACGGAAUCUCGAUAUUGACGAAUGCAUUUCACGACUGUUGGCUAUUGGUGGCACGAGCAAAGUCUCCAAGCUACCGUUUAAAAAUUCGGAAAUUAUCGCUAUAUGUCGAGCCGCGCAAGAAGUUUUCAUGAGUCAACCGGGCGGCUUUCCCCCUGAGUCCAACUAUUUAUUUUUAGGAGACUAUGUGGAUCGCGGCAAGCAGAGUCUUGAAACGAUCCUCUUGUUAUUUUGUUACAAGAUCAAGUUUCCCGAGAACUUUUUCUUGUUGCGAGGCAACCAUGAGUGCGCUAACGUAACCAGAGUGUAUGGGUUUUAUGACGAAUGUAAACGCCGAACAAACGUCAAAAUCUGGAAAACAUUUGUGGAUGUAUUCAACGCAUUACCGAUUGCUGCCCUUGUGGCAGGCAAGAUCUUUUGUGUUCACGGCGGCCUUAGCCCAUCGAUGCAAUCACUGGACGAUGUACGCAACAUUGCACGGCCGACAGACGUACCGGAAUAUGGCCUAUUAAACGAUUUGCUGUGGUCCGAUCCGGCGGAGCAAGUUGAUGAGUGGGAGGACAAUGAACGAGGCGUUUCAUACUGCUUUGGCAAACGUGUGGUGAAUGAUUUUCUAGCAAGGCACGAUUUGGAUCUGGUGUGUCGGGCACACAUGGUGGUGGAGGAUGGUUACGAGUUUUUCAACGACCGUACACUGGUCACGGUGUUUUCUGCACCCAACUAUUGUGGCGAGUUUGACAAUUUUGGUGCGAUCAUGAGCAUCAAUGAAGACUUGUUGUGCAGCUUUGAGCUGCUGACACCGACAGAACAUCCACCGCCGAGAGUGUCGGCUGCAGCAAACAAGAAGAAUGCGGCAACGGGAAAACGACCGCCGAAUUCUGUUCCUCGAUGGCGCCUGGGGUUUCUUAUCGCUGUUCCCGAUUCGGAUAAAAAAUAA